UAAUUUCCAUUGGGAAAGUAAAGGUAUGGCGAAAUAUCUGGCCCAAAUAAUUAUAAUGGGUGGUCAAGUAGUUGGAAGGGCAUUUGCGAGAGCUCUUAAACAAGAAUAUCAAGCUAGCCAGGAGGCUGCUAAAAGGGCUGGAGGAGGUAAAGCCGGUGCGUCACGUGUCGAGGCUAAUCUAAAAACAGGCAUGUCACUUGAAGAAGCUAAAGAGAUCUUGAAUGUGGACAAACUGGAACCUGAAUUGGUGAAAAAGAACUUUGAGCACCUUUUUAGUGUGAAUGACAAAGCAAAAGGUGGAUCGUUCUACCUACAAUCUAAAGUAUAUAGAGCUAAGGAAAGACUUGACCAAGAAAUGAAACAUGCUGCAACAAAACAAGGAUCUUCGAGUGAAAAGCAGAAUACAGUGUAGCCUCCUACAAAACGAGGCUAAAGGUUAUCGAAUUUAUCUUUGUAGUCGAAUUGAAAAUUUGUACAUAUAGGGAUAAUCAAUAAAACAAUUUUU